CUGACAUAUCAACUCCAAGAUGAAUGUCGAUUGAAACACAUACCGAUUAAGAGAGCCAAGAUGAUUUCAGCUUGCCACAGAGAUUCCUUCGAUUAUGAAAGCUUGUCUAUUAAUAAAGAGAUAGAGGAUGAUUCGAAAGGGAAUAAAAUCAACAAAUCUGAAGAAGAUCCUUUCCAUGGUGACACCAUGCGUCAUAUCAACGGUACAAAGGGAGAACAUGUGUGUUCCAUGUGCAACGACAUGUUCGAGAGUGAAGAAGAACUUGCUGAUUAUGAGUUGCCAACGGAUGGUUCAAUGUAUGGAAAUUCAACAGAUAUCGAAGAACAGACAAAAGUAAAUCAACAUGGAAAGGGCAAAGUUUUAACUAUCGAUUUGAUCAGGCCGUUCAAGUGUGCUUUAUGUGAUUUGGUAUUUGACAGAAUGUCACAGUUAGUCAAACACAAAAGAAACGUUCAUAGUCAAGAAAGAUCUCAAGUAUGUCAGAUAUGUGGAAAAGGAUUUUUCAGGCCAACAGAUUUGAAAACCCACUUGAACAUUCAUUUAGGUACAAAUAGAUGCAUUUGCGAAGUUUGCGGAAGAGAAUUUAAUCACGUUUCCAAUUUAAUUAGGCACGGCAGAACUCACUCAGGCGUGAAGCCGUAUCCGUGCACCGUUUGUGGCAAGAGGUUUACACAGAUCAAUACAUUAACCAGACACAAAGCUAUUCACAAAAGAGGAGAUGACAGUAUGGACUGCAGUUUUUGUGACAAACAAUAUAAAACUAGAAAUGGUCUUAAAGUGCACAUGAAGAAAUCACACGGAUUUACUGAAAGUUGUCCGCAGGAUUAUGGAAAAAUUGUUAAGCGCAAACAUUACUGUACGAUUUGUGGGGACAGUUUUCAAUUUGUUGAACUAUUAAAAGUUCACGAGAGUAUACACCAAGGUAUAAAUAUAUUAGAGUGCAAAAGUUGUAAUCAGGUAUUUCAAAAGAUGGACGAAAUCAAAGAACACAGAUGUAGGAAACCGAAAUUAUCUAAUGCAAAUGGAAUGAAAUCUGAGAAAACGGUAUCUGAUGAAGAAUUCUCUGAGAGAGCCAGAAUCCACGAAAAUAUAGUAUCAAAUUUAUCUACAGAAGAACAAAGUUUUGCUACGAAACUUGCGGUUGUUAACCAAGGUUCCAGAGAUAUUCGUUCGGAAAGAAUUCCCACAGCCAAGGGUGUCUCAAAAAUAAAUACUAUACAGCAUUCAAGUCGCCAUGAACCUGAUUAUAAAUUUAAGCCAACUAUCCUUACAUGUCCCAGCAAUCGUCAAGAGGAUAAGCAAACUAAAGAAACAAUCGUUUAUGUUACUACUGAACAGCUGGCAAACAUGAAUACGGAACAAGUAGUAGAUACAGCCAACCAUUUUUUGCAUGAACACUUGAUGCAACUAGCGGCCGAAAGUGCUUUGCAAACUGAUAAUAUAAGUUCUCAAAACUGUGACAAUGAAGCCGUUGUAUCUGAGAUGAUAAGUAGUUGUUGGAAAGAAAUUGACAUACCUGAUGUAAACGAACCCGAAUUAGCUGAAAAGCGAGCUGCGCCAUCAAAUAAUAUUACCCAGAAUAUAAUUUAUGUACACACGUUAAAAAAGGAUGGUCGAGCAUUUUUUAAUAAAAAUGGGGAUCUUGGCAAUAUUAUUGCUGAAAUAAUGCCAGAAAAAUCACAAAAUAUUAAACAUGACUUGGGGGCGAUCGAAAAUUGUACUUCUCAUGCUGAGCUUGAAGACACACAUACUUUGAAGCUUAGAGAAAGUGAAGAUGUACAGAAGCAUAAUCUAAAUAUGGUUGGAAAUAAAAAUUGUAGUAAGAAAAUUUCUGGAAUUAAACGAAAUGUAAAUAAAUUGUUGGAGUCUGUGUUACUUGAGAAUACAAAUUUAAACUGCACGGAACAAAGUCAUAGACAAGAACCAGACACAAGUUCGAUUACAAAAGGAGUGAAAGUACUGGAAAUUCAAGACUCGGUGCUUUACUUGAAUGAAGAAAACUCUGAUAAAGGACAACACGAAGAUGAUAAUUUACAAACCACUUUACGUGCACAAACUAUGUUUGAAGAAUUAUUUAAAAAUCAUAUAGAUAACGGUAAUACAGGAAUCACUAAAUCCUCUGACAACCAAGAACCGACUUUAAGAUUAGUGAAAACAGACAACGAAGAACAAUUCUAUGAGCUACUGAUCACAAAUUGCGCAGAAAAUACGGUAGAAUCUUGCGAAUUGGGGAAAAUUUCAGACGAUAGUAUCCACGAAAAUUCAAAAAUAACACCAAACGAACCUAUAUCAGAUUCACUGUUGAAAUUAGUCCAGUUAGAGAAUGGUCAACGUAUCUUGGAGUUAACGGAAAAUACGCUAUCAGAGGAAUCUGAUAUUCCUGAAAUGAUUGGAGAGCGAACAGAAACGGAGGGUAUUGAAAAGGAGGUACAAAAUUUAUCGAAGAAUGUUGAUCAGGAUAAAAGUAGCGAAAAAAGUUUUGUGCAUAGCAGGGGUGAGAAAAUCUUUUACCUGGCACAAAGUAACAAAGAUAGUUUGAUCGACUUCUUCGAAAUAGAAACACUUGGGACUCAGGAACAGAACAACUGUGAUUUCGUCUCAGAUGAAACUAUACAAAAUCUUUCAAUGCAAACAAAUUUUGACAAUUUGGGAACUCUGAACAAAAAUGCAAAUUUGGAAAUUGAGAGUCCCCCAAUGGAUAAUGAAAGCUGUGAAGAAAUCUUUGGAUUAAUUCAGAAUAAUCUUCCGAAAUACAAUGAAAAAAUUAAAAGCGAAUCCAAGAAAACUGUUAGGGAAGAUGGGCCCAUGGUAAGACUUGUACAGAACGAAGAUGGGGCUCAAUUUUUCGAACUAAUUCGAGGCGAUUCGGAAUUCGACGAAACGCAAGACUUUGAGUUGGUUCAAACCUAUGAUACAGAUGAAGGGCAAACCACCCAAUUUGUAAAUAAUAUCAAACAUGCUGAAAACUUGCAUACUGAAACAAGUUACACGAUAAAUGGUACCGAUGAAAAAAGUAAAUUAGAAUCUGAAGUAUCUCAGAAGAAAAAACCGAAAAGUAACGUGAAAAAGUAUAACUGUGACGUUUGCAAAAAAUCAUUUUCAAAAGGUUACAAUUACAGACAACACAUAGGAACACAUUUUGCUGAUCAACAAAAAUUCAAAUGCAAGGAAUGUGGGACAUUAUUCGCAUGGAAGUCUACUCUCAAUAAACACAUGGCUAGUCACAGAGCUGGAGGACAACAGAAAUUUGUCUGCGAAAUCUGUCCAAAAGUCUAUACAACUUUGUCGCAAGUAAACGAACACGUUAAGAGGGAUCACCUCAAGGAGCGUAAUCACAAGUGUACACAUUGUUCGAAGACAUUCUUUAAAAAGUUUGACCUAAAAACACAUACCCGUACCCACACAAAGGAACGACCAUACGAGUGUCGCAUUUGUUACAAGAGUUUCCAUUAUCAGAGUCACAUUAUUCGCCACGAGCGCAUUCACUCAGGAGAGCGACCAUACGCUUGUAAUAUUUGUGAAAAGGCAUUCACGCAGUUGGGGUCAUUGAAGAACCAUAGGCAAAGGCAUCAAGAACUGAAAAUAGAUAUUUUAGAUUAUCAAAUGGAUGAAGAUGAUCCUUUACCGCAAACAACAUUGUAGGUUUGGAUAUAUUUGUACAUACAAUAACUCUCAGAUUAAUAUACUUCUGUACUAUGCAUAUAAACAGAGUUUCGCAAAGAAUUCGUAUAAUAGUUAGUAACCAUGUUUAUGUGGAAUAUUGAUUUAUAAUAUAU